AUGGAGCUCCCACUAAUCAACACCCUGAGGGCUGCCUUCAUCCUCAUCAUCCUCAUCUCCACAGUUUCAAGUCAAGUUGACUGGGACUUUUGUGGCACCUGGCGGCAUGGCAGGGGCUCCCUGAAACUGAACAUCAACCUGACCACAGGCUGUAAUCACAUGUUAAUAUCAGCCAAUGAGAACUCUCUGUCCAUUAGUGGACAGAUCACGGCACAGUGUAUGUGGUCUGAAGUGCUUCCCCUCGACCAGUAUGGACUUCAUUCAGGGGAGGAAAGUGACUUCUGUCUGUACUGGGAACCAUUGCUGGACCAGAUGAAACUGCAGAUUGGUGGGAUGAACCUCACUCUAUGCUGGCCCACUGGUCUACCAGACUCCUGUUGCACUGGUCUGACUGAUGGCCCAAAGUCACCUACAGCCCUCUACGGCAUCGCCAAUACAAAGAUCAAAGAGGAUCCUACUGCCAGUGAAACACUGACAUUCUACAACUUCACGGGAGACCCCACCAGCUGCAAAACAUUAUGUCCUUCACCCAGCUCUGAGAUGGAGAUGAAGGAGGAUUUCAAAGGCCAAAUCAUUACUUCUCCUAUCAUGAAAGGUGUCCCACCAGAGUCUGCCACCACUGUCUAUCUGCCCCCCUCUCUAAAGCAAGCUGCAAAAAACCACAGCAAAGUAGUCUGCACCUUCUUCAAAAACAACUCCCUGUUCCAGGAUGGUCAUGAGAAGGGCAGGAUUCUCAAUGAUGUGGUGGGAAUCACCGUGGAGAACGAGGUCAUCAAAGAUCUGCCUGAGAAGAUCAGGAUCACUUUCCACCAUGAUGUCAUUCCUAAAACACAUUCAAGGAAAUGUGUCUCAUGGGACACCAGGAAAGAUCCUAUAAAGGUGCAUUGGCUGGGUGAUGGGUGUGAGACGCUGCAGAAAGGAGCCAACCACACUGAGUGCCUGUGUGACCAUAUGACUUACUUUGCUGUCCUGGUGCAACUGGAGGAUCGACCGGUGCGCCACCUGCUGGCACUGACCACCAUUACAUCUCUGGGUUGCACCGUGUCUGUGAUCAGCUGUGUCACUGUCCUCAUCUUCCUCUGCAGGAAGAGGAAAUCUAUGGAGGAGUCCUUACCCAUCCACCUGGGUUUAGCUGCUUCCCUCGCCUUCCUCAAUCUGCUCUUCUUCUUUACUGGGAUCCUGGCCAAUGUGGGAGGGGAGGGUGUGUGCGUGUGGGUGGGGGCAGCCCUUCACUACGCCCUGCUCAGCUCCUUCUUCUGGAUGGGUAUUGAGGUUGUGGACAUCUACUGGUUGAUCUGCAAAGGUUUCAACCACGACCCAAAGAUAUAUGUCUGUAUCCUGGUCGGCUUUGUUCUCCCAGCUGUUCCUGUUAUCGUCCUGGCUGCAGUAGGUGACAUUUACGGCCUGAGAGAGGUGGUGCCGAGCGAUGACGUGUCCAAUCCUUAUCGCAUGUGCUGGAUGAAAAACAACAGCAAGGCCUGGCUGGCGCACUAUUUCACCACUAUGACCAUCCUGCCCAUACUGGUGAUCACGGGCAUGGUGAUGCUUUUCCUGUUCUACUGGAAGAGCACCACCAGGAAUGAAAACACCAUGACUAAAUGGAGGCGGAACCGUGUGGCGUUUUUCAGUAUCUGGGGCCUCAGCUGUGUCUUUGGGACAACUUGGGGUCUCACCUUCCUGGACAUAAGACCUCUCUCUGAAUACAUUCUCUUCAUCUCCUGCAUCUUCAAUUCAUUCCAAGGCUUCUUCCUCAUGCUGUGGUCUACAUGCUGGAUGGAGGACCACAGUAACAAAUAUGCUACCUGUAUUAAGCGGGUAAAGAGGAGCAAUGAGGACAAGAUGCACAGUGUACAGGAGCUCUCAGAUACUUAUUUCCACUCUCAACCUGUGCCACAGAGGUCGCGCUAG